CCUGUACCCAAUAUUAUAUCAGGAGCCCUCAGUCCACCCCAUAACCACCGAUUCAUGGCUAGCUUGAUGACAGCAGAGACUUGCGCCAAACUGGAGCCAGAAGAAGCUGAUGAGAACAUAGAUGUUACAAGUAAUGAGCCAGAACGCACACCUAAUGAUUUUCAGAUGUCUGCCUUUAUCACAUCCAGUCCAGAAGGGGUGUAUGAGACCUCUGCCCGACUCCUCUUCAUGGCAGUGAAAUGGGCAAAGAACCUGCCAGUCUUCUCCAACCUUCCAUUCAGGGACCAGGUCAUCCUUCUAGAAGAAGCAUGGAGUGAACUAUUUCUUCUCUGUGCCAUCCAGUGGUCUAUGCCACUUGACAGCUGCCCCUUGCUGUCCGUUCCAGACUUAUCUUCCAGUGUUCAUGGAAAAGCUAUCUCCUCCAGUGUGGAUGUACGAAUCCUUCAAGAAACAAUCAGUCGUUUUAAAUCGCUAAGUGUUGACCCAACAGAAUUUGCUUGCUUGAAGGCAGUGCUCCUCUUUAAACCU